UCUAAGGCACGGAAAAUAUCAUGUUGAAGAUGAGCGGGUGGCAGCGACAGAGCCAAAAUCAGAGCUGGAACCUGAGGAGAGAGUGUUCAAGGAGGAAGUGUAUCUUCAUACAUCACCACACCUGAAAGCAGGCAUCAGACCAGCUUGCCAACCUGUUUGUCCACCCACUCCCCAUUACCCUGCAAAUAUGCUUUUCCAGACUGAUCCAACUGCAGAGAUGGCAGCUGAGUCACUGCCUUUCUCCUUCGGGACACUGUCCAGCUGGGAGCUGGAAGCCUGGUAUGAGGACCUGCAAGAGGUCCUGUCUUCAGAUGAAAAUGGAGGUACCUGUGUCUCACCUCCUGGAAAUGAAGAGGAAGAAUCAAAAACCUUCACCACUCUUGACCCUGCCUCUCUUGCUUGGCUGACCUCUGAGGAGGAGCCAGGACCAGCAGAGGUCACAAGCACCUCCCAGAGCCCUUGCUCUCCAGAUUCCAGUCAGAGCUCCCUGGCUCAGGAGGAAGAGGAAGACCAAGGGAGAAACAGGAAACGGAAACAGAGUGGCCACUUGCCAGCCCGGGCUGGAAAGCAACGCAUGAAGGAGAAAGAACAGGAGAAUGAAAGGAAAGUGGCACAGCUAGCUGAAGAGAAUGAGCGGCUCAAGCAGGAAAUCGAGCGCCUGACCAGGGAAGUAGAGGUGACCCGGCGAGCUCUGAUUGACCGAAUGGUGAAUCUGCACCAAGCAUGAACGGUUGGGACCAUCACUCCCCAACCCGGACCACACUACCCGCUUUUCUCAGAAGUGGCUACUGACCACCCUCUCACUAGUGCCAAUGAUGUGACCCUCCAUACCACAUAUUCAGGGAGGAGGCUUGGAGUUAGACAAAAGAAAGGGUCUCAGCUUGUAUAUAGAGAUUGUAUAUUUAUUUAUUACUGUCCCUAUCUAUUAAAGUGACUUUCUAUGA